AUGUACCAAGUGGUUCAUUUCGUCCAAUAUUUUGGAUUUUUCUUCUCACAAUUCACCAACUUUAUUCUACUUUAUCUUCUUCGGGCAAAGGCUGGAAAACAUUUAGGCCCUUUUCGCUAUCUCAUGAUAACUUUUUCGCUGUACUCGGUUGUCUACAACUACGUGGAUAUUAUCACUCAUCCGUUAGUUCUCAUCGAGAAGCAAGUCUUCGUUGUGAUCAAUCAUGGACCAUUUCGCUACACGCCUGGGUUCGGAUAUGUGCUUGUUUGCAUUUUUGGCGCAUCGUUUGGUUUAUGCAUCUCCCUCCUCUGUACACAGUACAUGUUCCGGUACAUCGUUAUUUGCCACCAAAAAUACCUUCAUUUAAUUGAGGGAAAACGACUUGCUUUACUGUUUCUCUUCCCCACUACAAUUUCCAUCACUUGGUUCACUUUCUGUUAUUUCGGCUUGACUAUAACCUCUGAAAAACGAGAAGCUCUUAGAAUUCCAUUCCAAGAAAACUAUGGGGAAGAUUCGGAUGUUCUCAUGUUUGCCGCUGGCCAAUACUGGAUUUUCGGUGCAAAUGGUGAAAAGAUAUGGUGCUUACGAGAUUGUUUUGCGACUCUUGGGCUUGUUGGAUUAAUGGGAAUUUGCUGCUUUGUGAUCAUUUUUUGUGGACUGAAGACGUUCAGGAAAAUGAUAGAGGUUCAGGGCUCAAUGAGCAAGCAAACAGCGGCGCUGAACAAACAACUUUUUCUGACGUUAACGUUACAGACUCUACUCCCUUUUAUCUUAAUGUACGGCCCCGUUGGUCUUAUAUUCUUUGCGCCACUUUUCGAAUGGAACCUUCAACUUUUCGUCAGCUCAGCCGGAGCCACGACAGCUAUUUACCCGGCUUUUGAGCCAUUAAUUGUUAUUUUCUGUAUUAGUCUGUUCCGCAACGCAGUUUUUCCGUGCACACGGUCAAAAGUCACCACUUCUUCGGGAGCGUUUUCCUCUGCUCUUUAA